UAUGGUCAUACACCUUCGUGGGUCCCAUCAGAUUUCGUAGCUAAAAACGUGGUGGCAGAGUACGAGACACCAUGGUGGACGGCAGCCAAGAAAGCCGACGAGUCGUCUUUUAGUCAGAUUCUAUCAGAGAAUGAAGAUGGACUCCGUGACGUCAAUGCUGUGGACAGUGACGGACGAACAGCUUUGCUUUUUGUAUCUGGGCUCGGCUCUGAGCCGUGUGUUAAGCUUUUAGCCGAAGCUGGAGCUGACUUGGAUCAUAGAGACAAUAGUGGUGGCUUGACGGCUCUUCAUAUGGCAGCUGGGUAUGUCAGGCCGGGUGUCGUCAAAUUAUUGGUUGACGUAGGUGCUGAUCCUGAGGUGAAGGAUGAUAGAGGAUUAACUCCCUUUGAUUUGGCUAAGGAAAUUUUAAGAGUGACCCCAAAAGGGAAUCCAAUGCAAUUUGAAAGAAGAUUGGGGUUAGAAAGUAUAAUAAGGAUUUUAGAAGAGGAAAUAUUCGAGUACGCUGAGGUACAGGAAAUAUUGGAGAAAAGAGGGAAAGGGAGGGAUAUGGAGUAUUUGGUAAAAUGGAAGGAUGGCGGUGCCAAUGAAUGGGUCAAAGCAAGGUUCAUAGGGGAGGAUUUGGUGAGGGAUUUUGAGGCAGGGUUAGAGUAUGCCGUGGCAGAGGGGGUGAUGGGUAAGAGACUGGGUGAUGAGGGGAAGAAUGAGUAUCUUGUGAAAUGGACGGAUAUUGAUGAGGCCACGUGGGAGCCUGAGGAGAAUGUUGAUCCUGAUCUGAUUAAAGAGUUUGAGGAGGGACAGAUUAAUGUAGAGGUUCCAUCAAGUAGUGAUGGGUGCCCAGGUGAGUAAUUGUGGGCAAUGAAUGAUAUGGGAAAAUUUCAAGACAAGUCCAACAAUUCGACAAAAAUCCUUUCUUCGAAAAAGAGUUGAAAAUUAGGAGGAAACCAUGAUUGUGUGAAUUUUUUUUGUUUUGGAUUGAUUUCAAUAACUGAUAUUGCUUUUAUUUA